AUGGAGGCCGUCAAGGGCAUCCUAACACUCUUCGGUGAAGCUAGCGGCCUCCGAGUGAACUACGCCAAGAGCUCGGCCACCAUCCUCCACGGCGACCCCGACGCGGCCGCGACGAUUGCCCAUGUAGGAUGCAAGACAGCCGACCUGCCCAUCACCUACCUCGGCAUCCCGCUAACGUUGCACCGCCCCACUGCCGCCCAACUACAACCCCUCAUAGAUUCAGUGGCUGCCAGGCUCCCAACUUGGAAAGCAUGGCUCAUGAACAAGGCUGGACGACUCGCAUUGGUCAGAGCGGUGCUCGAGGCCAUCCCGGUUCACCAACUGCUCGCAUUCGCGCACCCCCCCAAGAAGACCCUAAAGCAGCUGGAGAAGAUACAACGGGGCUUCCUAUGGGCUGGACAUGCAACUGCCAACGGUGGGCACUGCCAUGUCAACUGGCGCCAUGUUUGUCGUCCACUGGAAUAUGGCAACUUGGGGAUACGGGACCUAGAGCGCGCUAGUCUGGCACUGAGGUUGCGAUGGCUAUGGUACACCCGCACUGACGACAAUCACGCAUGGCAAGGGCUCGACCUGCAGUUCACUCCCGAGGAGCGCGCGUUGUUCUUCACCUCCACAACCAUGGUCCUCGAUGACAGAUUGACGACCGUGUUCUGGGUCGACCGCUGGCUCCAGGGGCAAUCCAUCCACGAGAUCGCCCCUGCGCUUUACCAGUGCAUACCCAAAAGGAGGCGCAAAGCGAGAACAGCCGCGGAGGCCCUAACGGGCAAUGCUUGGGCACGCGACAUCCAGGGAGUGCUCGGGAUACAUGAAAUUGGGCAAUACCUGAUGCUUUGGCAGGCCGUACAGCGCAUCACUCUCACAAACGAGCCUGACCAAAUGCUCUGGAGGUGGACGGCCAACAGCACCUACACGGCACAGUCCUGCUACCUGCUCCUGGCCUGCCCAUUCGUGCGGCAAACCUGGCAUGCCAUCCUGGACUGGACACGCAUUCCAGUGCAUCCACCACACAAUGAGCCCUCACUUACAGACUGGUGGCAGCGAACGAAGGGGCGGACACCGCACGCGCUUCGCAAAGGAUUGCAGUCCAUAGCCAUGCUAGUCCCUUGGAUGAUCUGGAAGCAGCAUAAUGAAUGCGUCUUCGACAACGCGCGACCAUCAAUAGAAGCAUUAGUGGAUAGGAUUAAAACUGAAGCCAAAUGUUGGGCACAAGCCAGGGCACAGGGGCUCAGGGUAGUCCUUCCCACAUCCUGGGACGUCCACUAA